UUGAAUUUAAGAUAUCAAAAUGAAAUUACAAUUAUUUUUAAUUGUAGUAUUUGCUGCAUUUAUUUCAUGUGCACCUCGAGCAGAAGUUUCUGAUGAUGAAGGCGUUCAAGAUAGAAUUUUAAAUGGAGAUUUGGCAGAGGCCGCGAAAUAUCCGUUUAUUGUGAAUGUUCAAGAACGAAAACCUGGUGAGAAAGAUCCCUUCAGAUUUUGUGGAGCUUCAAUUUUAAGUGAAAAAUGGCUUUUAACAGCAGCUCAUUGCUACGACCAUGUAAAAUCAACAGCUGAUAUUCGUAUAAAUGCUGGUGUUGUGGAUGCAAACAAUUUUGGUUCGAAAUCUCAAGAAAUUUCAGUUAAAAAAUGGUUUAUACAUCCGAAAUACAGUCGAAUUGCCGUACACGAUGAUAUUGCAUUGAUCGAAUUAUUAAAACCAUUAAAAUUCAAUAAGCAUGUAUCGCCAAUCAGUCUUCCACCAGCGGAUUAUGAGCCAACUGGAGAAGGUAAAAUUUUAGGAUGGGGUGCAAUUGACCCUAAAGAGGAAAUCCGUUCUCAAUACUUACGUGAAGCUACCAUUCACGUUUCAACCGAAGCAGAAUGUAAUAAACAUGACAGUCCAAUGUCAGCCGCUACCCAAAUUUGUCUUGGAGUCAGUGAUAAAACUACAGCGUGCCAAGGUGAUUCUGGUGGCCCAUUUAUGCAAAUGAUUAAUAAUAAACCAUGCAUUGUUGGUGUUACUUCAUUUGCUGGUAAAGGAUGUACUGAAAAAGCUCCAUCUGUAUACACUAAAGUGUCCGCUUACAAAUCUUGGAUUGAAGAAACAAUGAAAAAUAAUCCAUAAUUAAUUUAUUUUAAAUGAACUUGUAUAU